AUGGGCCCCGGCCUGGCCCCCGCCAUGGGCACCGCCAUGGGACCAAUCAUGUCGCAUGGACCCCCGGGGCUGGCCCCGCCCCCGGCCCCGCCCCCGCCCCGGCCCCAUGUUCGGCGGCCCCCCGCCUGCCCCCAUGGGCCCCCCGCCGCCCGUGGGCCCCUGCCCGCCUUCCUGACGGAGGCGGACGACGACGACGUCAUCAUCCCGCUGCUGGACGAGGUGCUGGAGGACCUCCGCCGCUGGCCCGGGCCGGCGCCCGCGCGCGCAGGGCCGCCCGCAGGAGCCCCGCCGGGCCGCCCGCCCCAGGCCCCAGGGGACCCCCGCCAAGCCCCAGAUGAAGAAGUAGACGGCGAGGCCGCGGGCGCCCCCCCGCCCUCCCCGCGCGCCCGGCCGAGCCCACAGUUGCAAUGUGCCCCAGAGACUCGACCGGCACCGCAACACGUGGCACUGGAAGACAACCCUCCCCCUUGUGUCACUGCGCCCUCCUGUGACCCCCUGUGCCUCGUGGCCCUCCCCUGGGUCCCCUGCGCCCCCCUGUGA